AUGUCAGAAUAUUUGAGAGUGCUAAAGCCAAUUGUAACAACUCAGCAUUAUGAGAGGACAAAGAACAUUGUUAAACAAUUUUCAGCUCAUCCUGGUCCAAAAUUACAUCAGUAUUUGGUUGAUAAAAGGGAAGCAGAAGAUAACUGGGCUUAUAAUUAUUGGUUGAAUGACAUGUACAUGGAUAUUCCAUUACCGCUACCAAUAAAUUCUAAUCCUGGUAUGGUUUUGCCACCACGAAAAUUCACAACUGUUCACGAUGUGGCAAGAUUUGCGGCGAGAAUAAUUGAUGGGAUCUUGGAGCAUAAAGAGCUUCUGGAUAGUGGAAAUCUCCCUCAAGAACGUGCUGCAUCACGUGAAAAGAAUCAACCAUUAUGCAUGGCACAAUAUUAUCGUUUGUUGGGAUCAUGUCGUCGUCCCGGAAUCGAACAGGAUAGUCAAUUCUUACCAGAUCUUCAAAAUAAAAAUGAAACUCAACAUAUCAUUGUCUGUUGUCGUAAUCAAAUGUAUUGUGUUGUUGUUAAAGCUGAUCAAAUUGGGAAAUUAUCAGAAGAUGAAAUCUUUUCACAGUUACUGUAUAUUUUAAGUGAUGCUCCAUGUCUUCCAAAAUUACCCCCAAUGGUUGGUCUAUUGACAGCAGAACCACGUCGAUUGUGGGCAAAAGAUCAUGAAACAUUAUUGUUAGACGCGCAAAAUUGUCGAAAUAUUGAACUUAUUGAAAAGUCCUUAAUACUCUUAUGUUUGGAUGAACUUUUACCACCAGCAUUUAAUGCACGAGGAUUUCAUGGUGCAUCAUCGAGUGCACAUUUUACUGGCGAUCGUGAUGAAACAAAUAUGGCACAUGAAAUGAUUCAUGGUGGUGGAAGUGAAUGUAAUACAGCCAAUCGAUGGUUCGAUAAGACAAUGCAAAUCAUCAUUUGCAAUGAUGGCACAUGGGGUUUAUGUUAUGAACACUCAACAUCGGAAGGAAUCGCUGUUGUUUUAUUGCUAGAACAAAUUCUUAAUAAAAUUGAUGAAAUUCCAAGUCCGGAAGAGAAUGGCAUCACACCACAACAUUUGCCACCACCGGAAAGACUUGAAUGGAUUAUUCGACCUGAAUUGGAGAAGAGAAUACAGCAAGCACGAAGAGAUGUUGAUAAACGAAUUGAAGACCUAGAUUUCUAUGUUUAUCGAUAUCAAGCAUAUGGAAAGAAUUUUAUUAAAUCUUGCAAAGUUAGUCCUGAUGUUUAUAUCCAGUUGGCUCUGCAAUUAGCAUAUUAUAAACUUUAUGGAUUUCUGGUUAGCACUUAUGAAAGUGCAUCAACUCGAAGAUUCUUAUUGGGUCGUGUUGAUUGCAUUCGUUCAGCAAGCUCGGAAGCUCUUGAAUGGGCAAAAGCGAUGUGUCAAGGUGAAGGCGCAAAUGUUGCUCUGGAAAGUGAUAAAGAAGAUGAAGAGAAUUCGAGAAAAGUUUCAUUUAGUAUUUAUAAUAAGGAACAGCUUCGUGAACUAUUUCGUACUGCAGCAACACGUCAGACUGAAAUAAUGGUGCAAAAUAUUUUAGGGAAUGGUAUAGAUAUUCCAUUGCUUGGUCUGCGUGAAGCAUCGCGUGAAGUUGAAGGAGAUUUUCAUGAACUUUUUACAGACGAAUGCUACAAAAUUGCAAAUUGUUUUCUUUUAUCAACGAGUCAGGUUGCGUGUACAACAAACAGCUUUAUGGGAUAUGGUCCAGUAACACCUCGCGGCUAUGGAUGUUCCUACAAUCCCCAUCCAAAUGAAAUAAUUUUUUGUGUAUCAGCAUUCUAUUCUGCUGAUAUUACAAGUGCAACACGUUAUGCAAAAUCAUUACAGGAUUCACUAGACAUUAUGCGUGAUUUAUUGGAGAAUUAA